UGCCCGUCGCCGCGAUGCAUUCUGGGCCUUCGCAAUAUGGCUGCCUCCUUGUUGUGCUGCUGAGGGGAGUUUGCCUCUCCGGGACGUUUUCCUUCUGUUCCUCAAACCUUGCUAUCUGGGGAGCUUGUACGUGAACAGGAGCCACCAGUUGCCCGUGGCGGGAGCGCGAUGGGCUGGAUUGGGCUCCCGUCGCAGCAUCCGAGCAGAAAGCAAGCACCCCCGCGGGGGUAGGACGAUUCCCCCCCCCUCCGGCCACCACAAGGUUUCGGAAAGAGGCCGAGGAGGGAGACCCUGUCCCAGCGGCUGAACCGGAGUGACCUCUCAAGGGGUGGACUUGUCGGAGGGUGAGCCGCUUUCUCCUACAUACCAAGGAUAGGCACAGCCACGCCUGGAAUAGAGAGGCGCCUACGGCCAAACUCUUCCCUGCAAGCUCCAUCCUUACUAAUUAUCAUUUUGUAUGAAAUAGGAUUCCGAGCCGCAUUCCUAUAAUCCUGUCUUGGGCGGGAGACCAUGUUGCAAGGUUCCUCUUUCUUGUAGCUUCGAUUGUGACAAGGAUCUUGCACUAAGAACCUUUCAAAUUUAAAUCCAGAGCAGAAAUCAACCCUCUGAAGCUGCAUACAUUUCUGCUAAUAGCACCCUCAAAACAACAAUUAAAAAAGCACCUUCGUCUUAAAAGGAUACAGGUUGAAGAACAGUUCUUAGUUACUUCAAAAGAAGUUCCUUGAUCUGACUCCAUCGUGGAUAGGAAUUUCCUUCCAUCUCGGCUUUUGCAUUGCUCACAAUCUCUGUUUAAUAUAAGGCAUCCACUUUACUUUGAACAAGAGUGCCAAACCUGUCCUCCUAUCAUUGUAAUUCUAUAUUUUACCCAUUACUUGGCCAUGAUUAGACCACUCUACUGGACUGCCAAUUCGUAGUCACACUCUUCUACCUAAAAUAUUUCUAAACCUGCUUUCUCAAACUUUGUUUUGAACAGAUACUUCCUGCAACCCUUCUGAUAAAUUUAAUUAUAGUCUAUAUUGUGGGCAAGAACAAUUUAAGUAAAGGCAAUUGUUUGUAGCCUCAUUAUAUCUCCCUAAUAUUGAGAUAUGGUAUACAGGUGUGUCUGUCUUGUUCCUGAAAAAGGCUGGAAAAAAGUUCCGCAUGCAUAUCUGUGACUCAUUGACUCAUCCAGACAGUGAUAAUCUCCUGCCAGAUAGUUGUCCCUUGCAUAGUGAUUGCAUUACUCCUCAAGCUUGUCCAUUCCAAACAGGAAUCCCCCAGCUGCUGAGCAGAGAACAUUGCUACAUCCUCUCUAGAAGACUAGCACAUGCAAAUCCACUUUGAACAAGGCAUCUUCCCAUGUAACAUCUGGAACAGCGGUUGACCAAUUCCCUUACCCUUCCAUUUACUUUUGUCUGCACACUUCGUUGGAGUGGAGAUUUCUGAUCACUGGUUACAUUGGUUUCACCUCCUCUGAUGGAGUCCGAUAUACUGCAAUCACCUCUCCUGGGGCUUGGGGAGGAAGAUGAAUCAGACAUGACUGACUGGAAUCUUCCUCUGGCAUUCAUGAAGAAGAGGCACUGUGAGAAAAUUGAGGGCUCCAAGUCACUGGCUCAGAGUUGGCGGAUGAAAGACCGGAUGAAGACGGUUAGUGUUGCCUUAGUACUGUGCCUAAAUGUUGGUGUGGACCCUCCUGAUGUGGUGAAGACAACUCCAUGUGCCCGACUUGAGUGCUGGAUAGAUCCUCUAUCAAUGGGGCCACAGAAAGCUCUGGAAACUAUUGGUGCAAAUUUGCAGAAACAGUAUGAAAACUGGCAACCAAGAGCCCGGUACAAGCAGAGUCUUGAUCCUACAGUGGAUGAAGUUAAGAAACUAUGUACCUCAUUGCGUCGAAAUGCCAAGGAAGAGAGGGUCCUCUUCCACUACAAUGGACAUGGUGUCCCCAGGCCAACAGUGAAUGGAGAAAUUUGGGUCUUCAAUAAGAACUACACUCAGUACAUCCCGUUAUCCAUAUAUGACCUACAGACAUGGAUGGGCAGUCCCUCCAUUUUCGUGUACGACUGUUCAAAUGCCGGCCUUAUUGUCAAAUCUUUCAAACAGUUUGCCCUGCAGAGGGAGCAGGAGCUGGAGGUGGCUGCAAUUAACCCAAACCACCCACUGGCUCAGAUGCCGUUGCCCCCUUCAAUGAAAAAUUGCAUUCAGUUGGCGGCAUGUGAAGCCAGUGAGUUGCUACCGAUGAUCCCUGACCUGCCAGCUGAUCUGUUCACCUCCUGCCUUACUACACCAAUAAAGAUUGCGCUAAGAUGGUUUUGCAUGCAGAAGAGUGUGAGACUGGUACCAGGAGUCACACUGGAUUUAAUAGAGAAAAUUCCUGGGAGGCUAAAUGACAGAAGAACGCCUCUGGGAGAAUUGAAUUGGAUCUUUACAGCCAUCACAGAUACAAUUGCAUGGAACGUCCUACCCAGAGAUCUUUUCCAAAAGCUCUUCAGGCAAGAUCUACUAGUGGCAAGCCUCUUUCGAAACUUUUUACUGGCAGAAAGGAUAAUGAGAUCUUACAACUGCACACCAGUUAGCAGUCCUCGUCUACCUCCAACUUACAUGCAUGCCAUGUGGCAAGCUUGGGACCUUGCUGUAGAUAUAUGCCUUUCUCAGUUGCCUACCAUAAUAGAGGAAGGAACUGCAUUCAGGCACAGCCCAUUCUUUGCUGAACAACUAACAGCGUUUCAGGUAUGGCUGACGAUGGGAGUAGAAAACCGCAAUCCACCGGAACAGCUUCCCAUUGUACUGCAGGUGCUGUUGAGUCAAGUGCAUCGGCUGCGAGCUCUUGAUUUAUUAGGAAGAUUUUUGGACCUGGGUCCUUGGGCCGUUAGCUUGGCUUUGUCUGUUGGCAUUUUCCCCUAUGUAUUAAAGCUCCUUCAGAGUUCUGCUCGAGAGCUAAGGCCUCUUCUGGUCUUCAUCUGGGCCAAAAUCCUUGCAGUGGACAGUUCAUGCCAAGCCGACCUUGUGAAGGACAAUGGUCACAAAUAUUUCCUUUCUGUUUUGGCAGAUCCCUACAUGCCGGCUGAACACAGGACGAUGACAGCUUUCAUCCUGGCAGUGAUUGUCAACAACUACAAUACAGGGCAGGAAGCUUGCCUUCAAGGGAACUUGAUUGCCAUUUGCCUGGAGCAGCUGAAUGAUCCUCACCCUCUUCUGCGCCAGUGGGUGGCUAUUUGCUUGGGGAGAAUUUGGCAAAAUUUUGACUCUGCAAGGUGGUGCGGCGUGAGGGACAGUGCCCAUGAAAAGCUCUAUAGCCUUCUCUCUGAUCCAAUCCCAGAGGUUCGCUGUGCUGCAGUGUUUGCCCUUGGAACCUUUGUAGGCAAUUCAGCUGAGCGGACUGAUCAUUCUACUACCAUUGAUCACAAUGUUGCAAUGAUGCUGGCUCAGCUCAUCAAUGAUGGAAGUCCCAUGGUCCGAAAGGAGUUGGUGGUGGCAUUAAGUCACCUCGUAGUCCAGUAUGAAAGCAAUUUCUGCACUGUUGCCUUGCAAUUUAUGGAAGAAGAGAAGAACUAUGCACUACCUUCACCCGCUGCUCCAGAGGGCGGAAGCCUGACUCCAGUGCGAGACAGUCCAUGCACACCCAAACUCCGUUCUGUCAGCUCCUAUGGGAAUAUUCGAGCAGUCACCACAGCAAGGAAUUUGAAUAAGUCUCUGCAGAAUCUGAACUUGAAUGAAGAAUCCAGCAGCUCCGUUGCGUUUUCCCCAGGGAACUUGAGCACCAGCAGCAGUGCCAGCAGCACUUUGGGCAGCCCAGAGAAUGAAGAGUAUAUCCUGUCUUUUGAGACCAUUGACAAGAUGAGAAGAGUCAGCUCCUACUCAUCACUGAAUUCGCUAAUAGGUGUUUCUUUCAACAGCGUUUACACGCAAAUUUGGAGAGUCCUCUUACAUCUGGCUGCUGACCCUUACCCAGAUGUUUCAGACUUGGCUAUGAAAGUGCUCAACAGCAUUGCUUACAAGGCAACUGUAAAUGCCCGCCCCCAGCGCAUCCUUGAUACUUCUUCCCUCACGCAGUCUGCCCCAGCCAGUCCUACCAACAAGGGCAUGCACAUACACCAAGUGGGAGGGUCACCGCCGACCACCAGCACCAGUAGCUCCAGCUUGACCAAUGAUGUUCCAAAGCAGCCUGUCAACCGGGACAUCUCAUCUGUAAGACCUGCAAAUGUGGGCAACAUGGGGGUGCAAUACACUCCCCACUCCCACCAGUUUCCUAGGACGAGGAAAAUGUUUGACAAGGGUCCAGAUCAGACAGCUGACGAUGCUGAUGAUACUGUGGGACACAAAAACUUCAUGUCGGCAACAAUGCAGACGGGGUUUUGCGACUGGAGUGCCAAGUAUUUUGCCCAACCAGUGAUGAAGAUUCCAGAAGAACAUGAUUUGGAGAGCCAGGUCCGCAAAGAGAGGGAGUGGCGGUUUCUGCGCAAUGCCCGAGUACGAAAGCAAGCACAGAAAAUCUUCCAAAAAGGCAUUUCACGGCUAGAAGAACAAAUCUUUAUGUACAGGAACCCUGGCAUGCCCUCAGUGGUCAAGUUUCACCCAUUCACCCCAUGUGUAGCAAUGGCUGACAAAGAUAGCAUCUGUUUUUGGGAUUGGGAAAAAGGGGAAAAACUAGACUAUUUUCAUAAUGGAAACCCACGCUACACCAGGAUCACUGCCAUGGAAUAUUUGAAUGGACAAGACUGUUCUCUUCUCCUGACUGCUACAGAUGAUGGUGCUAUAAGGGUGUGGAAAAACUUUGCUGACUUGGAGAAGAAUCCGGAGAUGGUCACGGCCUGGCAGGGCUUGUCGGACAUGCUCCCGACGACACGCGGUCUGGCCCGAAGGGUUUCAAUCUAUCUUGACAGAAGUAAACAGGGAGGAGCAGGCAUGGUGGUAGACUGGGAACAAGAAACUGGCCUUCUCAUGACUUCUGGUGAUGUGAGGAUUAUCCGAAUUUGGGAUACAGACAGAGAAAUGAAAGUGCAGGAUAUUCCCACAGGAGCUGACAGCUGUGUCACCAGCCUGUCUUGUGAUUCCCAUCGCUCACUCAUUGUAGCAGGGCUCGGUGAUGGCUCCAUCCGUGUUUAUGACAGGCGGAUGGCUCUGAGUGAAUGCCGUGUGAUGACCUAUCGAGAGCAUACAGCCUGGGUGGUCAAAGCAUAUUUGCAGAAACAUCCUGAAGGCAACAUCAUCAGUGCCAGCGUAAAUGGAGAUGUCCGUUUCUUCGACCCAAGAAUGCCAGAAUCAGUGAGGGUCCUUCAGACAAUCCCAGGGCUGACAGCUCUGGACAUUCACCCACAAGCCAACCUGCUUGCAUGUGGCUCUAUGAAUCAGUUCACUGCAAUCUACAAUGAGAAUGGUGAUCAGAUCGGCCAUAUCAAGUACUAUGAAGGAUUCAUGGGCCAGAGAAUGGGUGCCGUCAGCUGCCUAGCCUUCCAUCCGCACUGGCCUCACGUGGCAAUUGGAAGCAAUGAUUACUUCAUCUCGGUGUACUCGGUGGAGAAACGAAUCAGAUAACAGUGUGUGGCUGCAAUGUCAGAGCAAGAUGCCUUCUGGCAGGCGGGACCAUGUCUCCCUCAUGAUGUACAUAUAGUGAAACUAUCGACUUGAAUGUUUAGUGUUGGCUGCUGCUGCUGCUGCUGUGCAACCCCCAUAACUUGAACACUUUUUUUCUCCUAAUUUAGCUACUGAUGAUUUUGAGUCAGAAGAAAGGGAGAGAAGGAGACUCUUGCUUUUCUUUGCAGCCAGAGCCUCCAGGAACUACAGAAAAGGAGCAUUUGUAUUCUCAGUGGGUUUCACCGCCGCCGCCACCACCCGUGACUGCUUCUCUGGUUGUUUGACAAUAUGGCUCCUACAAACGAAUGAGGGCAUUUCUUCAUGGAAGAGGGUUGGGGGGUUUCCUUUAAAUCAGGAAAGAAUUCAGAACUUGCCUACUAUUCCACGUAUUCUGCCUAGAAUGUCUGUGACUGCUACCCAUUUUGUGCCACGUGCUGGCCCUGGCAGUCGCAUGCUAGCAGGCUGCCUGGUCUUGGAUCGCCCAUGUGUAUCUUUCUACUCUAUAUGCCACUGACCAUCCUCUCUUAACAUUUAUUGUUCCAUUGGAAAUAAACAAAAGGAAUUAGUGGGAGUCCUAAGGAAGGGAGUCUCAGUGCUGCAGAAACCACUACAGAAUUAGAGAGGAAAUAGCCCCGAGUUCCUUGGUGUCCAUUGGGAGAUGCAUUUGAGUAGCUGCAUCCAAACAUGUGACAGGACAGAAGACCUUCCCCUCUUACGUCUACCCCCAUCCUUAAGUUGCUCCAGCCAUCCUCUGCUCCUUUUGCUCACAGCAGAACCCCAUAAGCACAAGAAAUGGCCUGCUACCUCCGCAUAGACCGUUAAAGGAGUUUGCUUAUCAUUGUUACCACUGCCUUAAACCCUCCCAACCCCUGCUCUCCUUUUGCAGAAGUGCUAUUAUUGAGCUUGGUGAUGGAUGCAGAUACUUGCAGCACCUAUACAGGUCGGGCCUGUGCAAGCGUCCCCUCCCCCCAUUUCAGGCACUUGCACCUAGGCUGAACACAGGGGCAACUAUACCUACCUGGGCCCAUGUAUAUGUUUGCAUGCAUGUGUGCUGACUGCAAGAGAACUGCUGGUUUCUGUUCUUUAGAAAAAUGCUAGUUCCAUCUCGCAUGCAUCCAUCUCCCAUAUGAUGAUUGCAAUCCUUUCAGAGCCCAGGAGAAGCGAACCCCAGUCAAAGAACGGCCUGGGUAGCUUAGGGCAGAAAGACAAGAAGGCCCUGUGUUGCAUUGGGCCCAGAAUUGUGCAGCUAUCUAGGCAUUGACUUCGAUAUCAGUUGUCCACGAAGCUACGGAGAGGCAUGGAAAUGAAGUCUCGCCAAUAAUGUUGCCAAUUUUGAACAUAUUAAAAGUAGAGAGCCAUCCAGUGCAUUUUGCUUUAUGGAAAUUGGCUUUGCCUUGCUUGCAGGAUCCAUCUCCUAACUCUCACUAUGAAGCCUGAUCUAAGUAUAUUUUUGCAGGCUGAGAGCCACCAUGCAAGAUGCAAGGAGAAUUGUUCAUAUGGCUAGAAACCUGUGUAGCAGGCCACCAAAAUUAAGGAAAUAAACAAGAGGUGACUUGACACACCAGUUUACUGACUCCAGUGUCAGCAGUGCUGGGAUGUGCAGUCUUUGGCCCCCAUUGCCAUGCCUGUCCCUCUGUAAGUGGCAAUGAACUCAGGGAAGGACAGAUAGUUGAUAGAUUUUUGCUAACAAGCAUCAAGCCAGAAUUUGGGAUCCAUGUAUAACUGACUUAACCUAUACAAUUAAAAACAAAUUAGAAUAUGAUGAUUUUUUGUAAACUACAUCCAAUGUGUUUAUUUCAAGAACAAGAUCCCUUGUGCUUCCUCUCAGCUUGCACAGCCAGGACUAAGGUUGUGGUAUUCUUCCCCCCCCCCUUUUUUUUUUAAUUAAUACCACCAGACUAUCAGCUUUCAUCCAAGUGUGUGGGGGUGGGUGAGCUGUACUUUUCACAGGUCUGAUGUGAAGAUCCAAUCAUGAAGUUUAACCAAGAAUCCAGAACUCAUCCUACCUAUAUGGUUCAUUUAUUUAUUUUCCAAAAAAAAAUAUUAAAAGGAAAAAUACAUAUGUUUAAUAAUAAACCACCACCAAAUUGUAAUGUGAGAGUAAAACAAUUAAUGAAAUAAAUGGUUAAUAAAAUGUAAAUGC